AUGAAGAAGGACAUGCUGGUCGCCGGAGGCUGGUUCGCCGGGAUACUGUCGUCGUUCACGAGCCUCCUCUUCCUGCUGUCCAUGGCGCAGCAGUGCGUUCCUGACCUUGUCAGGGACUACGUCGACACACUUAUCACCCGGAUCAUGGACGCCAUAUCCCCCUACGACACCGUCACCAUGGACGAGCACGACCCGGACUCCUUCAGCUCCAGCGAGGCCUACACCAUCGUCGAGGCCUACCUCAGCGCCACCUGCGCCUUCCGCGCCCGCUGCCUCCGUGCCACCGUCGGCAGCGACGACGACCGCAUGACCCUCGCCAUGGACGACCACGAGGAGGUCGUCGACGGCUUCCGCGGCGCCAACAUGUGCUGGAGCAAGAUCAAAGUUCUGCCCCGCGCCAACACCAUCGUCACCAACGCGCACACGGACGAGCGCCGCAUGUAUCGCCUCACCUUCCACCGCCGCCACCGCCGGCUCGUCGAGGACGCCUACCUGCCGCACGUCCUCACCAAGGCCCGUGACGUGAUCGCGAGCCGACAGCAGAGCCUCCACACCAACAAGCCCAAGGACGACUGGGACGGGGACUACGACGGCUGGAGCAGCGUCAAGUUCGAGCACCCCUCCACCUUCGCCACGCUCGCCAUGGACCCUAGCAAGAAGCAGGAGAUACUUGACGACCUCGAGAUGUUCCGUGAUGGGAAGGAGUACUACGCCUCCAUCGGCAAGGCGUGGAAGCGAGGUUACCUGCUGUUUGGGCCCCCUGGCACCGGCAAGUCCAGCAUGAUCGCCGCCAUUGCCAACUUCCUCGGCUACAAUGUGUACGACCUCGAGCUCACGGCCGUCAAGAGCAACACCGAGCUGCGGAGGCUCUUCAUCGACACGAAAGGCAAGUCGGUCAUCGUCAUUGAGGACAUCGACUGCUCCAUCGAUCUCACAGGCAAGCGCAGUAAGAAGGGCAAAAGGUGCAAGAAAAACAACAACAAGGACCAUCAAGACAAGGACAAGGAGAAUGAGAAGAAGGUGACGCUGUCCGGGGUGCUCAACAUCAUCGACGGGCUGUGGUCCGCAUGCGGUGGGGAGCGGGUCAUUGUGCUCACCACCAACCACAAGGAGAACCUAGACCCGGCGUUGAUCCGGCGGGGCAGGAUGGACAUGCACAUCGAGAUGUCCUACUGCUGCUUCGAGUCCUUCAAGGUGCUCGCCAACAACUACCUUGGUGUGGUCGAACAUGAUCUGUUCGGUGAAAUUGGGCAGCUUCUAGGCGAGGUCAACAUGCCAGCAGCUGAGGUAGCCGAGAACUUGAUGCCUAGGUCAAAGAAGAAGGACGUGGACGCGUGCCUCGGUAAGUUGGUUUUGGCGCUCAAGGAGAAAGCAUCUGCCGGGGACAAAGAUGAAGAUGAGAAUGACAGUAGCAGUAGUGACGAAGAAGAAGAAGACAAGGAUCAUUAA